AUUGCAUCCAUUGCUGUGAUCCAUUUGCUAUCCACAAUCGUUUCUUCUCUUGAAUUACAUCACUUGCAUAAUACAGGGUCUUUGGGAUUUUGAGAAAUCUGGUUUCAGUGGUUUACUGUAUCCAUGGCGACAUACAGCCUUGCCAAUGAGAGACUGCGUGUCCUGGAGGAGAUAGAGAGGGAAAUUGCUGCCAUUUUGUUGAAUGCAGGAAAUGUGAUUUUGGAGCUGUCCAAGGAGAAGCCAAAUGAGCGUCUUCUUGACAGACAAGCGUCUCAAUUCACAGCUGCUAUGCAGAAAGUGGAGUCUGAGUUGUCGGGACAAAUACGCUACCUCACACAGGUAGCCACAGGGCAGCCCCAUGAAGGCUCCAGUUACAGUGGUCGAAAAGAUGGUACAAUGGCACUCAACAGGAUUGACUAUGCCCGGGUCAAGCUAGCAGAAUUGAGCAGGACAUGUGAGCAGAUGCUGGAACAACCUUGAGCAAAGAAGGGUAUCAUGCUGAACUGGGAGAACUGCAUAUGGACUUGAUAAAUCACAGUGAUACCAGUAUGCAAAACGAUCACAUCCAACAAUGUAAAUGGAACAUUUUUUCUAUAUAUUAAUACUUAAAAAAAAAUAUGGCAAU